AUUUUGAUAUCGAUUUUGCUGAACUCAUCUGUUUAUUAGUAUUGGGUCUUAAAGCUUUUCAGUGUUUUAGGAUGAUAAUGAGAGUUAUUGACAGUGUUGAAUUUUGUAAAAAAAAAAAUGCAGAGAAGAAGGAAGUUGUGGCGACAGAGAAAGCACCAGCUGCUUUGGGACCAUACUCUCAGGCCAUCAAAGCCAACAAUCUCGUUUUCGUUUCCGGUGUUCUUGGUCUUAUACCUGAGACUGGAAAGUUUGUUUCGGACAACGUUGAAGAUCAGACUGAGCAGAUACUCAAGAACAUGGGGGAGAUACUGAAAGCUAGUGGUGUUGAUUACUCCUCCGUGGUGAAGACAACGAUCAUGCUUGCUGACUUAGGUGACUUCAAGAAAGUGAACGAGAUUUACGCCAAAUACUUCCCAGCUCCUUCACCAGCGCGAUCGACAUAUCAAGUCGCAGCUUUGCCACUAAACGCCAAGAUUGAGAUUGAAUGUAUUGCAGCACUCUAGAGCACCAUCAAAUCUCAUCCAGGAAGAGUUUUAGAUUCGGAAAAUGUCAGAACAAAUAAGAGGGGCUUAUCAUAUCAACCAUUAGGUUGGUUGUAAAACCCAUACCCCUAUCAAGAAUAAGUGAUUCUAUUUUAGGACCAGCAUGUUGUGUUGACUUGAUAUUUAUUGAGUACAAUAUUAAAUUUGAAACCCUUUAUGAUUUGAGGUU